AUGAGUUCGCCAGUCGCGGCCUACGAAUCCUUCUUGGUUGCCCAUCUGUCGGCAAUAUCUACUAUCGAAAGUUCGCUGCGGUCUUUGACUUGGUUCCUUCCUGGCCGGUUCAAGGAUGCGGAAUUGGCGUCUGAAAGCCUGGCAACUACGCUUAACAUGGUGUCAUUGUAUCACGACACUCUUUUAACAUCACUGGUCAAAGACAAGAAGCCGGUCAUCCCGCCUACACCACACAUGCGGUACACCCGUGCGUGGUGCGAUAAGAGUGCCAUCUACAAGUGGGCUGCGAGGACUCUUGAAGCAAUCCGUCACUGCGAAUUGUUCAUGGAGAUGUUGCUUCGGAGGAGAUUUGGCAAACGUGGUGCAUGGAGAGGGGUGGUUGGGCUAGAAUUCCUCAAAGCUACUCUUCGGUUGAUAUUAUUCCGUGUGACGUCGAGACCAGUUGUCUCUCCUCCUUUGCCUGAACGCGAUCUUCAAAUGCCCGAGGAGCUGGAUAACGUCAAGCCUGCUCUUCCUGCCUCAAUCCCUGAAACGCCAGCUCAUCUUCAGAAUAAUCGAGUUCCAACGGUCAAGCUGCCCGUAACCCCUGCGCAAGCUGCUGACAUCAACGGCUAUCUUCUCCCAAAGGCGCUCAAGGUGACUGCGGUUAGGGAAGCGCGACAAUUGGUGCCUAAAGUCUCCGGCACUGCUGCCCUUUCCGAGAUCGUGUUCAUCCUCCGUCCGCUCAUUUAUGUCCUCAGCUUGACAUAUUCUAAGUCUUCAUCACUUCCGUAUCUUGUUUCCUUAGUUCUGGACUUCCUUGCCCGACGCUUGCGCCCACCUACACUUCCCUUCUCUGCGUCCAGCGAAAUUCUUGUCAAUGAAUACUCCAGACGCGAUCGUCAGCUCGCUUUGUAUCUAUUCAAAGGGCCAGUCUGGCGCGACUUUACGCGACCACGCUUGGAGGGCUUCGCUUCAAGGACAGAAAAUAUCCCUCUUGUCAACGUCAUAAGCGCUCUGGUUCGCGACUGGGUUCCCUUAAUUGAUGAAUACUAUUAUUACACUGCAACCUAAAUGCGAGAUCGGUAUGUAUGCAAUAGCACACUAGAUACCCUCGACUUCAUUCAUUUUC